CCCCCGCCCCGCCGAGCCAGACCUCCUGGCCCCGGCCGCGGGCAGGGGUCCGGCCACCUGGGAACGCCGUGCGCCUGGGGGCCUCCUCCCACAGCUCCCGCAGGGAGGGAGGGAGCCUCGCGGGGCACGGCAGCACCGCCGGCCCCUGCGUUCACCCCCGGCAGGACGGCGGGGACCACCGAGGCGGCGGACGCGCCCUCCCGACGCUCAGCCAGCAGCUCAGCAGCGGGGCCGGGACCCCCCCGCAUCCGCGGGGCAGCGCUGCGGCCGUGCCGGCGCUGACACAGGAGCCAAUAGGCACGGGCAGCGGGGCGGCGGGGGCGGGACGCCGCCCUUUAUGAGGGCCGCCCGCCGUGCCCGCGCUCCCCUCCGGCUCGGCUCCCGGCCUGCGACGAACCUGCGGCUGCCCGCGAAGCGGCACCCAAGAAAGCUCCAUCCAGCCUGGCCCAAAGAUGGAGUCCCUCCCUGAAGCAGUCCUGAUCAGGAUCCUGGCCUCCAUACCUGCAGCGGACUUGGUGCUGGUGUGCCGCCUGGUCUGCUGCCAGUGGAAGAACCUGGUGGAUGGAGCUGCACUUUGGAUCCUCAAGUGCCAGCAAGAAGGCCUCACUGGAGCAGAGUCACAAGAGAGUGCAGAGAAUUGGCAAAACUUCUACUUCCUGAGUAAAAAAAAGAGGAAUCUCAUCAAGAACCCAUGUGGUGAAGAAGACUUACAGUACUGGGGAGAGGUGGAGAAUGGAGGUGAUGGCUGGAAAAUUGAAGAGCUCCCUGGGGACUUUGGGAAAGAAUUUCCUAGUGAAGAAGUCCAUAAAUACUUUGUUACAUCCUAUGAGUGGUGCCGGAAGUCUCAGGUCAUUGAUCUUAGGGCUGAGGGCUACUGGGAAGAGCUGAUGGACACAACCCAGCCUAAAGUUGUAGUGAAGGACUGGUAUGCAGGACGCAGUGAUGCUGGCUGCCUUUAUGAGCUUUGCGUGAAGCUGCUCUCAGAGAACGAGGAUGUGCUGGCCGAGUACAAGAGUGAAACUAUUGCCAUCCCACAGGACAAUGACGCUGACUGGACUGAGAUCUCCCACACCUUUUCCAGCUAUGGGCCUGGGGUACGCUUUGUCCGCUUUGAACAUGGUGGCCAGGACACGCUGUUCUGGAAAGGAUGGUAUGGCGUACGUGUUACCAACAGCAGUGUGACAGUGGAGCCGUAGCCAUGCUGAACUGGGUCCUGCUCGCUAGAGUCAGCUUCCCCCAGGACAUCCCAUGGGCUUUGGAUGGUUUCUGCAUGGUGCUGCUUCCAGGCCGUAAAGCAUAUUACUUGUGUGAAUGUGUGCGCCAAAUGCAGGGGGUGACCAGUCUUUCUUCAAGGGGAGUACGCAAAGAAUGGAAAGAGAUUCAUGAGUGCACAUUAGACUGAGCUUCGCCAUUUGCACUGAUGUUCUGUCAGACACGGGAUCACCUAGAAAUCCUGCAGACCUUACUUCUUUGGGCAGGUAUCACCUCAGCCAUUCAGCCACUAUCCCUAACACCCAGCCAGAGCUAGGCACUCCCUUGUCUGCUUCCUAGACUUGGACACUAUUAACUAUGAGGAGACUUUGGGCUUAUUUCCAGAAGUUAAAGAAAGAAGAAAACAGGAAAAUACAGUCCUUGAGUCUCAGAACUGAACCAGAAGACCCAGAGCCCUGUACCCUCUCUGCCCAACUGCUUCCAUGACCUAUAGUGAGCAUCCUAGCUUCUCCUAUCUAUUAACUGUGGAUGCCAUUGCCUGCCUCACACAAGCUGUAGCUUGUCUGCCAAGUGCUGUUCUGGGUUCCUGUUUUAGUAUUUAGUGGUGAUAAUGCAAAGCAACAAGGAUUGGACCUUUGUCUCUUACACUGCUCCCAACAUUCAUUUGUUAGGAAAACUUAGGAACUGAAAGGACUCUGGUAUCCACCUCAGGGCUUCAUUUGGCACUCAAACAGAGGGCAACUGAGAAUACUACCCUGGAAAGAGACAAAAGAUCUUAGGGAAAUAGGUGAGCAAAUUGGGGAAAGGGCCCAGGGACAAAUAAAAACAAGUUCAUUUACCCCUUCCUGCCCUCUGCAUACUGCACACAAGCACCCUUGGUCAAAUCCAGCAUGGCUCUCUGCAGACAGGAGAUUGCUGCAACAUUCUCCAUACAAAAAGCUGCUGUUCAGCUCCACUUGAUCUCAGUUGCCCCUGACUAGUUAACAGUGUUUGCAAAAAGUACACAUCUGCCUUUGCUCUGUAUGCUCACCAACAAGACAGCACAUCAUACAUACUCCCACUAGCACUUCUUGAUACCACUUAGGGCUGUGAGCCACCAUGCUGAACAGAGAUACCUAAGCUUCCCUGAGCCAUGUCCAUCCCCUCCAGUCAGUCCUCUCGGGACAGCAGGGCUGAUGUUCCCUAAAGAUGCGUGUUUCCAUUUUUGUCUGAACUGCCAGGGCAGAGUAUAUACUUGAAUGCCACUUUGCAUCAAAGUGCACCAUUACAAAUGCAACAUUAGCCAAAGGUGAGAGCUUCUGAGGUGGUCACUUCAUACAUGCUCGCUUCAUCAGGCUUUCUGCAAACUGCAUGCCUAGGGCACUGGCCUUCCAAACUACAACCAUGCCAAGCCAGAGUCCAGGUGAAUACAAUAAAUGACAGUUGUGUGGA